GAUAGUUAUUGUCGCACCUUAUGGCGUCUUGUCGGGACGUUGAAGGAUGGUGCAUCGUAUCAAAGCUUCGUGAACUUGAUUUCACUCUUUGCUUUGAGGAAGGCGUCAUUUUGACAUCUCUUCUGGCUUUACUGCUACUGUCGGCAACAUGCAGAAUUUGGGCCUUGAGAUAUCUUCCGUCUCGUGAUAUCUCGCGGAAAAGUCGAUGGAUAUUAUGGGCGAAACUGAUUUUGUUGGGAUUGGCCAUUGUUGCGUCCUGCUUCAACCUCUUCAUCGUAUUGUCACUCAAGAGAACAGUAUCGGUCGUGUGGCCUUACAUCCUCGAACCACUCGCGCUGCUUGCGUCUUGGAUACUCACUCGACUGAACCAUCGUCGGACACGGUCAUCAUCAACCAUCCUCUUACUAUUUUGGCCUUGUUACACCGUCGGCCUCGCAAUAUGGACUAGAUCGUUCGUGCAGGACGAAGUUCCGAAGGGACUUUUCAUAGUUCUUUCGAAAUGGGCUGUCGAACUUUUCUCUCUCCCGGCAUACGCGCUGGAGUGUGUCUCUCCUGAUGAUUCGGUCCAGGAUAAUACAGAGAGCCCAAUAGUCACGGCAAAUGUAUACAGUAUCUGGUCAUUUGCGUGGUUGACGCCAUUGAUGGAGAAAGGUUCGAAAGAGUUCAUCACAGAAAACGACUUGCCUGCUUUGCUUCCCCGUGACGAGUCAGUGAAUCUCGGAAACGAUCUAGAGAGCGCUCUAGGAAAACACUCGUCCGUAUGGCUCGCAUUGUUCCUGUCUUAUGGUGGCCCGUAUGCGGGUGCUGCAUCCUUGAAAAUCUUGCAGGAUAUUCUUGCAUUCCUGCAACCUCAACUUCUCCGAUGGCUCCUGGCAUACAUCUCGAACUAUCAGAGCACUAAAGGCGCGGGUAACCUCCUUGUUGGUCCGAGCCCACUCGAGGGAUAUGUCGUUGCUAUCAUCAUGUUUGUGGCAUCUAUGGCGCAGAGCGUUGUUCUCCACCAGUACUUCCAAAUCUGUUUCGAGACAGGCAUGCGUGUUCGCGCGGGCUUGGUGACUGCUAUCUACAAAAAGUCUCUCGUGCUUUCUAGCGAUGAGCGAGGGAGUCGGGCAUCUGGAGAUAUUGUCAACUUGAUGUCCGUCGAUGCGAGUAGACUACAGGACCUAUGCACCUAUGGUCUGAUUGCGAUCUCUGGACCAUUCCAGAUUACACUGGCUUUUGUAUCAUUGUACAACCUUCUCGGAUGGUCAGCUUUUGUCGGAGUUGCGAUCAUGAUCAUAUCUAUUCCGCUAAAUACGUCAAUUGCACGGAUGCUAAAGAAGAUGCAGGAGCAACAAAUGAAGAACCGCGAUCGCCGAACGAGGCUAAUGAGUGAGCUUCUGGCCAAUAUUAAAAGCAUCAAGCUUUAUGCAUGGGAAUAUGCAUUCAUCCGCCGCGUUCUGCAUGUGCGCAAUGAUUUGGAGCUGAAGAUGUUGAAGAAAAUUGGUAUCGUAACGGCUCUCAAUACGACGCUUUGGGGAGGCAUUCCUUUAAUCGUGGCGUUUAGUUCUUUUGCCACCGCAUCUGUGUUCUCGUCGCGACCACUCACGGCUGACGUCAUCUUCCCUGCGAUCUCACUGUUUAUGCUUCUCCAGUUCCCACUUGCUAUGUUUAGUCAAGUCACGUCGAAUAUCAUCGAGGCACUUGUUUCCGUCAAACGUCUGUCAGGUUUCCUGCACGCUGAGGAGCUGCAACAAAAUGCCCUCGUGAAGGUGCAGAAAAGCAGUCUGAACAUUGGUGACGAGGUCCUUUCAAUCAAAGGUGGCGAGUUCCAGUGGAACAAACAAGAUAUUUCAGCUGCUCUGGAAGAUAUAAACUUGACGGUGCAUAAGGGGGAACUAGUGGGUGUACUUGGUCGUGUGGGCAGCGGGAAGAGUAGCUUGUUGUCAGCGAUUAUCGGGGACAUGCGAAAGACAGAGGGUGAGGUGGCUUUGUUCGGCAAUGUAGCUUAUGCCGCUCAGAAUCCUUGGAUUCUUUCUGCGUCGGUUAGAGAAAAUAUACUUUUCUCACACGAGUACGAUGAGGUGUUCUAUAACCUUGUUAUCGAAGCUUGUGCUUUGAAGCCCGACUUAGAGCUUCUCCCACAGGGUGAUCUGACGGAGGUCGGCGAAAAGGGCAUUACUCUCAGCGGUGGCCAACGUGCUCGUGUCGCGCUUGCUCGUGCGAUCUAUGCUCGUGCAGAUCUGGUUCUCCUUGAUGAUGUUUUAGCUGCUGUCGAUUCCCAUGUUGCCCGACAUGUCUUUGAUCAUGUCAUCGGUCCUCAAGGCUUACUCGCAACCAAAGCGCGUGUUCUUGUCACUAACAGCAUCGCGUACCUCAAGUAUUUCGAUCAACUUGUUUACCUGCGCCGCGGUAUUAUCUUGGAGAGUGGCUCAUACGAUGAGUUGAUGUUGAAUCCGGAUAGUGAAGUGCGCAAGCUUGUUCACGGUCAUGCCACGAGCGGUUCCAACUCUGGAAUGACCACACCUGGACGGUCCAGCGGCAUGACCACUCCCACUACAAGCGAGGGAGACAUGCAAGCCACCCUCGUUGGAGGACUUGAAUCUGUAUCAGAGAAGGUAUCGCGUAGAGAAAGUUUCACAAAAGCUGUCCUCGCUACGCCGCCCAAGCUGCGCGACGCGUCUUCCGAUGGUAUCACGAAAGAGCACAGUGAACAGGGCCGCGUCAAGAUGGAAGUGUACUCGCAGUACCUCCGAGCAGCAUCGAAAAAAGGAUUCCUGUUCUUUGUACUUGCUACGGUUCUGCAGCAGAUGGUAUCUGUCAUAUCGACCGUAAUGCUCAGGCUCUGGGGCGAGCAUAACCGCGAGAUGGGUGCCAACGCGGGAUUGACCGACAAGUAUUUCCUGGGAUAUGGUUUGUCCAAUUUGAUAGCCAUUUUCUUAGGCGCAUGUGCUGCGCUUCUGAUUUGGGUUUUCUGCUCGCUUCGGAGCUCAAAGCACCUUCAUGAUUCGAUGCUGCAUUCGGUCAUGCGUGCGCCCCUCAGCUUUUUUGAGACAACGCCAACGGGACGUAUCUUGAACUUGUUUUCUCGUGAUACAUAUGUUGUCGAUCAAAUCCUGGCGCGAGUGAUCCAAAAUAUGAUACGCACAAGCGCAGUCUGCGCUUCUAUUUUAUUGGUCAUCGGGUUCAGCUUCCCGCCCUUCUUGAUCGCCGUCGUUCCUCUGGCAUGGUUCUACUACAAGAUCACCGUGUAUUAUCUCGCGACUUCACGCGAACUCAAGCGUCUGGAUGCGGUGUCCCGCUCGCCUAUCUUUGCGUGGUUCUCGGAAUCCUUGGCUGGAAUUUCCACUAUCCGGGCUUAUGACCAACAAGCCGUUUUCAUUGCGAACAAUGCUCGCCGCAUUGAUCGCAACCAGUUGUGCUACCUUCCUAGUACUUCCGUCAACCGAUGGCUUGCAGUAAGAUUGGAGUUUGUUGGAGCAGUGAUUAUCUUCGUCACGGCUGUCUUGGCUGUCUCUGCCGUUAUGACCAGCAACGUUGAUGCAGGAUUGGUCGGUCUAGUUCUGUCAUAUGCUUUGAACACAACAGGUUCACUGAACUGGUUUGUCCGCUCCGCAAGUGAAGUAGAACAGAAUGUGGUCAGCGUCGAGCGUAUCGUCCACUACGCCAAAGACCUUGAACCAGAAGCUCCUUAUGAGAUCCCUGAGAAUAAGCCCACCUCUGAGUGGCCCACAGCUGGGGAAGUUGAAUUCCGGGACUACUCAGCACGGUAUCGGCCCGGGCUUGAUCUAGUCCUCAAGGAUAUUUCCAUGACCAUAAAACCGAAAGAGAACAUCGGAAUAUGUGGCCGGACUGGGGCAGGGAAAUCAUCGCUUCUUCUUACCCUCUUCCGGAUCAUCGAGCCUGCAUCUGGAGCUAUUUUCAUUGACGAAGUAGACAUUACCAAACUUGGCCUACAUGACUUGCGGUCCGCGAUAUCCAUUGUUCCUCAAAACCCAGAUUUGUUUGAGGGCACAUUACGAGAGAACAUUGACCCUGUUGGCGAGCAUCAGGAUGUUGAUAUAUGGACUGCUUUGGAACAUGCCCAUCUGAAGGCAUAUGUCGAUUCACUCCCUGGGGGACUAGAUGCUCCUGUUCAGGAGGCCGGAUCAUCGCUUUCAGCAGGUCAGAGACAACUCUUGUGUUUCGCGAGGGCGCUCUUGCGCAAGACUAAAGUGCUCGUCCUCGACGAAGCAACAUCUGCAGUUGAUCUAGAUACCGACCGAGCGAUUCAAGAAAUCAUCCGGGGUCCAAUCUUCCGUGAUGUGACCAUUCUAACUAUUGCGCACCGCUUGAACACGAUCAUGGAGUCUGAUAGGAUUCUGGUUCUAGAUGCUGGAAGGAUUGCAGAAUUUGAUACUCCAAAGAAGCUGCUGGAGAACAAGAGUUCUAUCUUCCGUUCUAUGGCGAUGGAGGCUGGCCUAGUUCAGGUCCAGCUUGAUGAUGCAGAAGUGAACGCACAGGAGUGAAUAUACCUAAUCAUGCACAACAUUUCUUCAAGGGUCUUGUUCAGAAAUAUGACGUUAUAGCUAUGUAGAUAUUGCCAUGUUCUUACUCUGAAUCUUAUGUUUCGCUGUCAGCUAUUCAAUAUU